GAUAGGACGCACGUGAUUUGCUUCCGAAGGUGGGGUCAUAGCGGAAGGGGAUCGCAGGCGCAAGAAGCCUAGUCAUAUCAGCUGAGAGGGAAUGGUAGAGGACUAAAUGGUUGUAAGAUGGUAAUACGAUAGUGAAAUAAGACACAACAAAGCGAAGAUGGAAAAAACGGACGGAGCUUGGGCUUGGGUAGUCGUCGUAGCAGCUGCCUGUAUUCGGAUCAUCGUGUAUGGCAACUCGUACACUUCCGGUAUUGUGUACUACGUUAUAUUGGACGUGUUCGGAAAGAGUAGGGCUGAGACGUCAUGGGUUGCUUCUGUCAUCACAGCAGCUACAUUCGCAACAUGUCCUGUAUCGGGUGUAUUGGUGAAUCGGUUUGGUAUGAGGAACGUGGCACUCGUCGGCGGCAUCGUGGCAUCUUGUGGCCUUAUGGCGAGUUCAUUUGCUGCAAGUCUACCAGUCUUGACCUUAUGUUACGGCGUCAUCACAGGAAUCGGAUGCGGACUCACAUUUAUACCAGGUAGUGUAGCAGUCGCAAGAUAUUUCACCAAACGGAGGAAUAUCGCAAUGGGUGUUGCUGCAGCAGGGGGUGGGGUUGGAGCAUUUGCCUUUCCACCAAUCAUCAACUACCUGAAUGAUAAAUAUUCUUGGAAGGGCAUGUUCAUGAUUUUAUCUGGAAUAUCCUUAAACAUGUGUGUUUUUGCCUUACUUUACCGACCUGUGACGUCACCUAACAACAACAACGACGAGGUGUCGGACCAGGAGCAGCCAAUCGCAGAGAAGAAAGAAACAGAAAGAAAGAAAAAUGUUUGGACAUUUUUAAAAUUAAGCGAUUUUUAUGUUCUUGGUCUAAAUAAUAUUUUGUAUCAACUAGGUGCUACAAUAAUAUACGGACAUUUAGGAACGUAUGUUAGUCGGCAGCUGAAGUUUGACAAAGUAUAUGCCUCCAUGUUAUAUUCCAUUAUUGGAAUAACAGUAAUGUUUUUCAAAGUUGGCCAAGGAAUCGUGAUUCAGUACCCCAGGUGGAGGUUGUUCCAACCCUACCAGCAGUAUAUAUUUUGGUAUAGUCUUGGGGGAGUGUCCACAAUUGUCUUUCUACUUAUAGACAUCGGAUACGCCGGCCUUGUUGUGUUUUCCUUUUUGUUUGGGGCUAGCUAUGCUUCCUGUGGAGGUUCUCUUAUCCCUGCGAUUCUGAUAGAAAUGUCAGGAGUAGACCAGUUCACAUUGGCUUAUGGAAUCAUUCUAUUCGGCCAGGCGAUUGGAAUGCUUUUCGGUCCGGUUUUAGCAGGUGUUCUAUUCGAUACGUUGAAAGCGUAUGACGCUGCUUUUGUUUUGGCGGGAGUGUUGAUGAUACUCAGCGCGGGCAUCAUGAUCUUCCCCUGCCGGAACUACAAAGCGACAGAAACAAAGACUGACGUCACAUAUAUUGUCACACACGAUCAGCAGCUAGACGACGUCGAUGACUCAAGGAAGUAUGUUCGCGAGGAACAUGAAUUGACUAAUCCAAGCAACGAUCCAAUGCAAUCUACUUUAACAAAACGAAAUGGUGUGCUAACCGUAACAGAAGCAGAGGAGGCAGCCAGUUUAAUCGAAUCUUCGUAAUUGUAUUAAGCAAGCAUAGUAGACAUUAAUUCUUGAAUUGAUUCUUUCAUAUUCUGAAAUUGUUCGGACAAGUUAAGGUAGUAAUCAUAAGUAAUCUUUUUUACAUUUUGUUAAAAAGUGUGCAACUUAUUGUCUGUGUAAAAUCUCAUUUGAAUUAUGGUCUACAUAAUGUUUUGAAACAAAACAUGAACCAUCGUUCUUAUAAUGGUAUAAAAGUGCACUUUUGAACAUGAAUAAUAUAGCGCAUAUACUAAUAAGAUUACUAAUAAUAAUGAUAAACCAGAUUCAUUAGCAAUGCAUAUUCGGAAAACAGCGUUCUACUGACACGUACGUGGACAAAGAAAGUUGAUUAUCUUGUACAGAUAUUUUCUUUGGGUUCAUAAUGGUGGAUAUAUCCAAUGAUAAUUAAAACACACGGAUUUGUUUACCAUUUUUCAUAUGAUAGUUUAUAGGGAAAAUGUCUAAACAUAAUAAUAAUAAUAACAAAUCGACGUCUGAAUGACGGAGUUUUAAUAAGUGUUCUUUGUAUUUGAAAAAACAAAACCUGUUUUAGAUAAAUUUACUUUUUGUUGAUGACAGUGCCUCAGUAUAUAACAAAAGGAACCGGCUGUUCAAGGAAGUACAUUAGUAAGUUAAAGUCGACAUACAUGUUAAACAGAGUAGGUAUCGAAUACGAUAGGCUCAUGACUAUUUCUGGCCCUCUGAUCUGUCUAUGGUCAUAUAUUUACAUUUGUCUGCAUCCUUCCAUUAUAAUGCAUUGCGGAGACAAAUGUUGUUAUGGGACUAUAACAACA